AUGGCCGCCUUCCUCCCCGUCGUCGCGCUCCCGCACCGUGCCGCCCCCGCUACCCGCUCGGUAAGCCGUCGCCCGCCGCGCGCCAUACUCUCGCCGGCGCCUUCGCGCGCCGUGCUCGACUACGAGCGCUUCUUGGGCCUGGAAACCUCGCGGGGCAAUGCCCUGCCGGACGCCCCCGUCUUCGAGACGGCAGCCGGCGCCCUCGUGUGCGAGUGGCCGUCACCGUCCCACCCGACCCAGACGGGAGACGGUUCCGUCUCUGCCAUGCUCUGCAUCGUAGACUACGAGGCCUUCCUCGCCACCGACCAAGCAAAGGGCGUCGACCCGUCCGCCCCAGUCUACUGCACCCCGGAAGCCGCUCUGGUGUGCCAUUAUCAUGACUGA